AUGCGCUCUACAACUCAAUCAAAAUGGCUCCACUCUAUCCCGAAGCGCUCGUCAUCUUCCACUGCCAGUGACUCUGCGUCUUCGUGGGCGGGCGGCGGGAGGAUAAAUAUCACCUUUCGCAAUGCGCUUGAGAGGGGCGGGACUGAGAAUUAUUACUGUUAUAAUAUUGGCAGCGGCCCAGUUUAUCGCUGGGACGACGUUUCGGGGAAGAUGGUGCUCAAAGCUUGA